AUGUUAUGGGAGUGGCUGGUUAUGCCACAAGUGUUUCGCGCCGAGGGCAACCUCAACGAUGUCCAAGUUCACCUCCAACACCUGAAGCAAGUGUUUCAAGUUAUGCGGGACAACAAGUUGUAUGCGAAUCUCAAGAAAUGUGUCUUUUGUGCACCGGAGAUUCCGGUGUUAGGUUGCUAUGUGAGUAAAUCGGGAGUUCGAGCUGAUCCAGAGAAGGUGUCGUCCAUCUGUUCUUGGCCCACGCCCAAGAACCCUACGGACCUGCGCCAGUGGCUCGGCUUGGCUAAUUAUUUGCACAAGUAUACGAAGACUUAUGCUGGUUCUAUCCAGCCUUUGUCGUCACUCUUGAAGAAAGACGCCACGUGGUUGUGGCGUCCCGAGCACCAAGCAGUCUUCGAAGCAGUAAAGAAGAGCCUAGCGUCAGCGCCAGUCCUGGUCCUACCAGACGACUCCAAGCCGUUAUACGUGGUUUGCGAUGCCAGUGAUUCGCAAUCGGUUGUGUCCUCAUGCAAUUUGAUGAUGAGGGCCGUGAACGAGUCGUGA